AUGGAAUUCGCUCCUCCACAGGCUGGUUUAGAAAACAUAGAGGGACCGGAUGGUGUGGGAGACCUCACUGUGACCCUGAAGCAGCAUGGUGCAGCAUGGCGCAGCAGCGCGAAGCCAAAGGCUCAGCUCCAGCUGUUUGUUGUCCUUGUCGUUGGCCUUGUCCUGUCGCAGGUCAAGGAGCAAACAGAGACUGAGAUGUCUGCGGGCUACCUUUGGCUGAUCAUCGCAGUGGGACCUGUUGCGCUGACCAUUGAUCUGAUCAAGGCAGAUAAAACGCUGGACAAGGAGCAGUUGGAAGCACAAGCUGCAGGUUGCUUCUUUAUGUCGACUCUUCCUUGUGCUUUGGCCAGAUUAGGACCUUCACCUCCCUUUGUAUUUGGCCUCUCAGUGAAGGAUCCUGUUGAUGGACCUGCGACUGCGACUGCGACUGCUGCCACUGCAUCCGCAUACCUGAGCAACGCCGUGACUUCGGUGGCGAACGAUGUCUUGGUGACUACGGGCGGGCAAUUUGAGAGGCUGAUUAGCCCUAGCUCGCCACGUUUGUUCAGGCACUUCAGCUGCAAGGUGUUGCACAACGCCGAGCAUGUUUCUGCUGAUCGAGCUCACUUGGGGUGGCAUCCGAAGUUGUUGAAAGGGACCUUGGAGUCGGACGGGGUUGACCGAUUGAUGAAUCAGCUUCUUCAGACGGUCGCCUCAGCAGAUUCAGCAGGCGCGUUGAUCAAUCUGUCGCGCACUUCGGACAGGCACAGAUCAGUUGGUUUUGGCUUCGCGAUGUUUCAUCUGCUGAGGAGCCGUGGGUACUUGGUUGAGCUGAUUCACUGGAAUAGUUCCCAUUGGUCGGAGAUGGCACGCGGAGGUCGAAAUGCCUGUUGUCAGGGAGACGGCUUCGCGAAGGGGCCUUCCUUCAGCACCACCUCCAUCCAGGACUUCGAGCCGAUGAUCCUGAUAGGACAUCGCAUGGCGCUGCAGAUCGAGGCCGAGAUCUUCGCUGCUGACAUGGAGGAGAUCAAGGUCAAGGAGGACGCGCUCCCCACUGGAAAGGCGUCGAAGGACUUCCAGGACUCCUCCACGAAGGCGUCCGCCGAGAUCACCUUCACGUUCACCAAGGCGCCCAUCUCAGAGACGAUCAGCAGCCCCUCCAUCGCCGAUGACUACGCCGAGAAGAGGACAUCCUCAGCUGCAGCCCCUGUCAUUCUCCGUCCAGUCGAACCUUCCCAUCCUCCGCCUCAGAGGGUGAUGACCCGCAUCGAUCUGGAGAGCCGGUUGAGGCGUGAGCUGGUGGCGACCACAGGUCGCGGGGAGUUCGAUGGGGCUGACGCCAAUGUGGAUGGGUUGACUGGUGAAGUUCUCAGUUUAUGCAUUGGUGUUUGCAAAACUGAGACCAACCGAGACACAAUCCUUUGGAUUGUCGACUCCUCUUUGUCACCGGACCUCCAGCAGAAGAAUGGCAUCAGAAUCAGCAGCAUAUCGGGGAUACAUCCGUUCGAGUGUGAUCCCUGUGCCGACAUGGAUGAAACAAUCCCGCUGGCUUCGGACCACCUUCAUGCGUCGUCGAGGAGGGGAGAGAGGGGUGGGGUGGGUGGGAAGAGGGGGAAGGAAGAGGAGAGAGACAAAAGUGUUGUGAACCCCCAGACCGCCAUCUUCACUUGGCAUGCGCUCAUUUUCCAGGACCAAUUCGAUGUCUACGAUGUGGGACUCAAUGCUGAGUACCUCGAGAACGGUGAGGAGAGGCGUCGAAACGAGCAGCCACCUGUGCCUGCACGCAAUGUGAGACCCUGUACAGAGGCUCCUAUCCCUGGUGAACCGGAGGGCGAAAGAGGAGCUGCCUUAGCGCCCUCCAGAAGGGAAUCCCAAGCUUCAGGAUCUGCAGGACCGAUUGCAACGGCCAAAGCUCUUGGUGCGAUGGUUUGUCCGAAUCUCAAGCAGAACGGGCUGAGCGGGCCCUCAGAGCUGCUCACCGGCUUUGUCGUUUGCCUGUCGCCAGGGCCUGCUGGAUGCGUUUGUUCAGAUCCAGGAUUUUAUCCAGAGAUCCUGGUGAAUGGGAUUUGGGUCCUUAGGGUUUUGGGGGUGCAAGGCAUCAAGGUUUAUGAAGGGGAUUUGGUCUUGGAUCCUGUGCCACCGGUCUGGGAGCACCUCGUUUGGCAUUGCGUUGAUCCAGUUUUAGCCCAGGGGCGACCAGAGCCCCCAUUGGAUGAGGUUUUGGGUGGCCGCCAGAUUGCAGCCGCGCCCGUGCUGCUGAGGUGUUGGCACACACGUCCCGAUGCGGGCAUGUGUGCGGGAGGUUGUGAUUUUCCUUUUUGUUUGGGCUAUGGUGUCCUGUUGCGCUGCACGGGCUCUUGUGGGCUCUUGCUGGGUGACGGAGAAGAGGGCAAGGGUGACGUGGUCACCCAGGGCGGCGAGUCACCCAGGGCGGCGAGUCUGAACUAA